AUGGGGCGCAAGAUGGAUGACAUUGAAGCAAUGUUUAGCGACUUAUUGGGGGAGAUGGACCUCCUGACACAGAGCCUAGGGGUGGAAACCGUCCCACCAGAGGCUCCCCUCCAGAAAGAAGUUAACUAUUCAAUUGGAUUUAAAGAUUUAAAUGAAUGGGCCGAUUUGGCAGCAGAGAUCGGAGAACCUCAACAGAGCCAAAAAGGACACAGUAACACCCUCGGUGUUGUACCAGGACAGCCAAGCUGCUUUGCUCCCCACCACCUCAGAGCUACUCAAGUGGGCCCCCCGGCAGCCACUACUCUUCCCCCCAUUGCAUACAGCAGCAGCGCCUCACCUGCUCCAUCGUUUCCAGCUGCUCCUUCUCCUUCUCCAGCUCCAAUUGUUACUUCAACUCCAGUGCCUUCUCAGCCUUCUAAGCCCCUGACAAAGGAAGAAGAAGAGGCCCAGGCAAAAGCUGACAAAAUUAAACUUGCCCUGGAAAAGUUAAAAGAAGCCAAAGUCAAAAAGCUUGUCGUCAAAGUGAUCAUGACAGACAACAGCUCCAAGACCCUGAUGGUGGAUGAAACACAAACUGUCCGUGACAUUCUGGAUAAUCUGUUUGAGAAAACCCACUGUGACUGCAAUGUGGACUGGUGCUUGUACGAGGAAAAUACGUAUCUGCAGAUAGAAAGAAUUUUUGAAGACCAUGAUAACAUGGUGGAAUGCCUAUCACAGUGGACAAGAGACAGUGAAAACCGAAUUCUUUUCAUAGAACGAAAAGAUAAAUAUGCAGUUUUUAAAAAUCCACAGAAUUUUUACUUCGGCAGGAAAGAAAAAAAGGAAAUGAAAGAGAAAGACAAGGAAUCUUUACUUGAGGAGAACUUCUGCGGAACGUCCAUCAUCGUGCCUGAUUUAGAAGGAGCCCUUUAUUUAAAAGAAGAUGGGAAAAAGUCCUGGAAGCAGCGGUAUUUUCUUCUACGAGCUUCUGGCAUUUAUUAUGUGCCAAAAGGAAAGACAAAGACAUCCCGGGAUCUGGCUUGUUUUGUACAGUUUGACAAUGUGAAUGUUCAUUACGGAACGGACUACAAGAACAAAUACAAAGCACCCACAGAUUAUUGCUUUGUUCUAAAGCAUCCACAGAUACAGAAGGAGUCCAAUUAUAUAAAAUAUUUGUGCUGUGACGAUCGGUGGAGCUUGCAGCUCUGGGUCAUGGGAAUCAGAAUUGCGAAGUAUGGAAAGAUUUUAUAUGACAACUACAGAACAGCUGUGCAGAAAGCAGGCCUGGCAUCCCGAUGGUCUAACCUGGCAAAUGUAGAAGCCAUUGCAUCCUCUGUUAAGACAAAAGCUGUACCCACUCAGGCAAAUGGAUGUCCAGCCCAGGCCACUCCGCCCGUAACAUCUGUCAGCUCAGCCUUCUCAGAUGCUUGGAAGCGGGCUGACAUGUCUAAGGCUAACCCUGCUGAAAGUAAACCUGCGCCGGCACCACCUGCUCCCACCAUGCAAGAAAUCCUGCCGCCCCCACCACCGGACCCCAUUAUGACUCAACAGGAAUGCUUUCUCCCUCCACCUCCCCCAGACUUCUACGACCUCCCCCCACCACCCGAUGAUUUCUCGGAGCCUCCCCCCGAUUUCCUCCCCCCUCCUCCACCUUGCCCCAAUGCUCCUCCACCUCCCCCACCCCCACUCCUCACCCCUGCCCCUGCCCCAGUCUUGAAAAAAGUGGGGCCCCCACCCCCAAAGAGAACAACACCUGAGAGGUCAGGGUCAUUGCAUGGAGGGGAGCAACAAGACUUCAUGUCAGAGCUGAUGAAAGCCAUGCAGAAGAAGAGCAGCAAGUAAGAAGACGCAUCGACGGGGAGAGGAAA